AUGGGCAAUGGAUAUACACAGCCACAAUCAGAGCUUCAGGCUUGUUGUAAUAGCAGUUAUGAACUUCUGGUAACAAAGAAAAAUGCACAACUCGGUGACUUUAUACCUUAUGAGAUGCAUGAGGAUAAACAAACACAAGUGGAUGAAAAAAUCUAUGAUAUGCUGCCAGAGAUACUUUCCUUGCAGGCAAUGCCAUUUUCAGACAAACCCUAUAAGAAGUGUGCUGUGGUUGGUAAUGGAGGAAUCCUAUUAAACAGUUGCUGUGGCUCUGAAAUUGAUCAAUCAGAUUAUGUUUUCAGAUUCAAUUUGCCACCGAUGACUCAUUCAUAUGACAUUGGGAACAAGACAGAUCUUGUCACUGCAAACCCAAGCAUUCUUAUUAAAAACUUUUCAAAAUUGAACGAGUUUCGGAGACCCUUCUCAGAUAUGGUGAAAGUCUACGGUUCAGCUCUAUUCAUUAUGCCAGCAUUCUACUCAAUGGGUAACAAAGAGUUGUCAUUUAAGGUUUAUUAUACGUUAAAAGACUUUGACUCUGAGCUGCGCUUGGUUUAUUUCCACCCCAAUUACCUGAAGAAUCUGGGCCUCUACUGGAAACACAAAGGAAUCACUUCUAGACGUCUAUCCUCUGGUUUUAUGCUGGUCAGUUCUGCUCUGGAGCUUUGUGAUGAGUUGACUCUUUAUGGAUUCUGGCCUUUCUCUGAAGAUCACAAAGGAAACCCAGUUCCCCAUCACUACUACGAUAACAUAAUGCCUAAACCUGGAUUUCAUUCUAUGCCUGAUGAAUUCUUUUUUUAUGCUCAACUGCACAGCCUGGGGGCUCUCAAGCUUAAAGUAGGAAGAUGCUACUGA